GGCUCUUCCUGGUCCAGGCGGCGGCGGCGGACGGCCGGGGGCGCCCGAAGUUUGUGGCAGGUGGGGCCGGGGGGCGCAUGGCGCUGGUCACCGUCCGCAGGUCCCCAGUCGGUAGCGGCCACGGCUCCCCCACCGGCCGCAAGGAUGAAGAGGUUUCCAGGAGGAGCCAGCUGCAGCGACGCCACAGCUUCGUCAUGGUCAAAGGGGCUGCCCUACUCUUGCCGGAAGAGGAGAAGCUGGAGACGGUGCAAGAAGCCCCGCCCUCUCCGGACCAAAUGCAAAGCCAGCAGGAGCAGCACCUGCAGCUGAUGAUGGGGCUACUGCGGCAAGAGGAUGCCAUCCGCCUGGCCGUGCGGCUGGAGUCAGCCCGGCCUCACCGGAUCCGGUACCUGCUGCUCGUGUCGACGGAGGAGCUGGAGGGCAAGAGCGAGACAGUGCUUCUGGGCGUGGACUUCCCUGAAGAGGGGUCGACCAGAUGCACCCUGGGGAUGGUGCUGCCCCUCUGGAGCGACACCCAGGUCUUCCUCGACGGGGAUGGGGGCUUCAGUGUGAUGUCCUGGGGGCAGACACGCAUCUUCAAACCUAUCUCUGUGCAGACCAUGUGGUCGGUGCUGCAGGUGCUGCACAAGGCAUGCAAUGAAGCCGUCCAAAACAACCACUUCCCUGGGGGCAGCGCGCUGGGCUGGGCUGAGUGGUACCAGCGUGCCAUAGCCUCAGAGCAGAGCUGCAUCAACGAGUGGCUGGCCAUGUCUGACCUGGAGUCCGUGCGACCCGACUCCCCUGCCCUCUUCUCUGACCGGCCAACGGAGCGUGAACUUAUGGAGCGGAAGAUCCGGGCCAAACUGCGUGAGCUGAUGGCCACGGCUGAUCUGGAGAGCAUCACCUCCAAGGAGAUCCGUACAGAGCUGGAGCACCGCACUAGCUGCAGCCUGAAGGAGUACAAGGAGUUCAUUGAUAACGAGAUGCUACUCAUCAUGGCUCAAAUGGACCGUCCCUCCAAGAUCUUUGACCACCUGUACCUAGGCUCCGAGUGGAACGCAGCCAACCUGGAGGAGCUGCAGCGCAACAGAAUCAGCCACAUCCUCAACGUGACCCGGGAAAUAGACAAUUUCUUCCCAGCGCAUUUCACCUACCUGAAUGUGCGGCUCUAUGACGAAGAGGCCUCCCAGCUGCUGCCCUACUGGAAGGAGACAUAUCACUUCAUCUCGGCUGUCCGGGCCCAGAACUCGCGGGUGCUGGUGCACUGCAAGAUGGGCGUAAGCCGCUCGGCCUCCACGGUGAUUGCCUAUGCCAUGAAGGAGUACGGCUGGGAGCUGGAGCGGGCCUAUCGGCACGUGCAGGAGCGGCGCCCCAUCGUGCACCCCAACCCCAGCUUCAUGAGGCAGCUGGAGUUCUACCAGGGCAUCUUGGACGCCAGCCGGCACAGCAGCCUGUGGGAGCAGAAGGCAGGAGACAGCCAAUGGGAGGACACGGUGAACGGGAGCGACACUGGCAGUGACCAAUCGGAAAGUGAGGGGGGCCUGUGCCAGGAGAUACUGAGUUCAGAGGAGGAGCCAGGGCGGCAGGAGGAGGAGCCAGUCACGACGCCCCAGUAUUGUUUCCGGCCCCUGCGGGAGCCCCCCGAGGAGCCAGCCCAGGACCCAGCAAGGGGCAAAGGGCCCCAGAUCUGGGUGCAGGAGGCAGAGGAGCCGGGGGGCUCAGACGACUCAGGGGCUGAGGAGGUCCGGGGGCACCUGGCCGUGCUGCAGGUGCCAGAGACACCCAGGACACCGCGCGACCGGCGCAUCAACCUCUAUGCCGUGAUGAGGAGCAUCAGCGAGAUGGACAGCCCUGAUGCCACUACCCCGCUGGGGGGUGCUGCCGAGGGGGAGGUGUUUGCUGCCUCAGGGCGCGAGUCACCUGUGGAGUGCCCCCCCCCGGAACCUGCAGCCUCACCAUCACCCCCACAGGACCAGGAGGAGCCGGGGGCAGCAGUGCCAGACUCCAAGGCCGAGCAGCACCCACUGCGGGUCCCAACAGACAAGACAGGCAAACGACGGGGCCAGCAGCGCAGCCGCCAGGUCCCCCGAAGCCAUGCCCAGCCGUGCAAGCAAAUCUCCUACCACCCGGCGCCGGGCAAGGUGCACAAGGCUGUGAAGCACGUGGAGGGCCCCAGCCCCAGGGCCCCGUCUCAACGCCGGGCUCGUGCCAUGGAGCACCGCUACUCCGUGGCCCAGCUCAUGGAUGCUGCCCUGGUGCUCAGCCGCACCAGAGAGUUCGAGGAGCGGCUGGAGGCAGCUGGCCAGGAAAGACCCCCCAGGGAGGAGCCUGCUAGCCCCCCACCCCCACCACAGGAGCCCCAGCCUGGAGGAUGCACCCUCCCCCCAUCACGACCCAGGAGGAUGGUGCGGCAGGCCAGCGUGGACCUAGAGCCAGGCUCGGGGUGAGACUCCACCCCCGUAGCCCCGCCUCUGACUGUGGCUCUGCCCCCAUAGCUCAGGAUACUGCAAUGGAUGGUGCUGGGGCCCAGCAGCUGCCCUGUGCCAAUGUCUGGGGGCAGGGCAUUUGAUACUGGGGGCAUCAGUGCAGAUCACCUUUGGGGGGCGGGGCCUGAGUGCUGCUGGGGGUGGGGCCAAUGGAAGGGAUGGACUCUAUGGUGGGAAAAGUCCCUUCCCCAAGUAUGCAUCUCCCCCUCUCCCCCUGCAGAUCUGGAGGAAGGCUGGAACAUGCUCCCGUGGGGAUUGCUCUGUCUGCCCCUCACUGCACAGCCCGAUGCUGCCUUGAGGCUCCUGCCCUGCAGCUGAGCAGGUGUUACUCGGGGAGGAUAGGGGGGCAUGAUGCCAUCUGUUGUCCCUCCCCACUAGCCCUUUGCUUUUGUGCCAUUGAGCACUGCUUUAGUCAGUUGCAUCAAAGGAUGCCAACCCCAUCACUGUGACUGAGGAGAGAGGGGGUGAACCCCUCCUCCCCUUCCCCAGCACUGCACACAUAGACACCAUGCCAUAUCUCUCUGUGCCAGCCUCACUCUGCCUGUAAAUAAAGAGUUAAUUCACUUUGCAGUUGGCUCUGGGCUCCCUUCCCUGGGGUCCCCCUGCCCAUGGGGGACACGGGCUCCUGUGCCCCCUACUGCCUAAGGAUGGGACAGGAAGCAAGGAGCAGUCACCCAGGCUAAAGCCCUGUGAGGUGGGGUCCCCAGCCACCCAGGGGAGAACUAGGGAAAGGUGCUGGCUCAACAGCUCUGUGUUCCAUGAUCCCUGAUGCCCCACAGAUCAGGGGCACUGGUGGUUCCCCUGUCCCUGCCAGUUGAUUCCCACCCUACCUCCGGGGGACAGGGGCUCUUGGACUCCUCCUCAGAUUGAACUUAAAGCAAUUUACACACAUGGGUGCUGGCUCCAAAGAGGGAAACUGAGGGCUGGAAAGCCUUGCCCACCUGACGUGGCUGGGGUGAGAACAAAGGCUCCUGACUCAUGUGCUCUGACCAUUAGCCCUAUCCUGCUCCAGACUGAAUCGGCUCAAACCCAGGAAAUGCAGCAUGAAGGGGACACUUCCCAGUGCAGCCCCACAUCCUUCCCUCUGCCCCACAAUGGAAGCACAAUGGCUAACGCCUCCUUGGUCUUUGUCAGGGAGAUCUCUGCCAGCUUGCGGCAAGUUUCCACCCGCAUCAGUGGGCCCGGGGUAUGAACACAGCCCAGAUCUUGCUUCGGGGCGAGGAAAGAGCAGUUUGGCCCAGGGAGGUUCUGUCUGUUGAGGUCUCUGUGGGGCAGCACUAUUGCUGGGUGAGCAAUGCCAUGGUGGGAGCUGGGUGCAUUAAUGAAUUAUGCUUGCCCCACUGAGAACUGGCCCUCCCUGGUUGGAAUCAGUGUCUGCUUAGCCCCACAGCCCAGGGGGUGUGGCCAGAGUGCACAGCACCUCAGCUGAGCUCUGCUUCCUACAGGGAGCAGAGCGUAACUUAGAGCAGCCCCAAGGCCACCUGGCCACCGACAGAGGGAGCACAAAGGUGGCUUAAAGCCCUGUCCCAGGCACAGGAAUGGAUGAGCUGAGUCAUGGCCUGAGGAGGUUUGAACAUCCCCUGUCUAUCAGUCCAGUCUCAAUCCCCUGAUGCCUCUCCCAUCCACCACCAGGCUCCGUGUCCAUCACUGGAGCGUCUGGCCCUAAUAGCUCACCCCUCUGCCAUUCAGGCCAGUCUCAUUAUCAGAAAUGGGAGCACGAGGUGAUUUGUGUCCCUGCCCCUGCCCCCGCAAACCCUCUGGUGUCUCCCAGGCUAUGACUCAGCACAGAAACGUUCCACAGGGCAAUGAAUUGGGCUGAAAUCAGAGUCACUGGGCAGGAGUGGAUCUAUAAGUUCUGUACUAUACCCCAGCUUUUAAACUGUCCCAGAGGACCCCCUUCAGUGUGCCAGUCCCCUGAGGGGGCUCACUGUUCCUCCAGGGCUGGCCACACGGCCUCAAUGCCCCCGAGACGGAGCCGCUGGACUCCAGCCCUCCUGCUUUGAGCCUGAGCUGUGCCCCGCGAGUCCAACUGAGCCAGACGUCUGGUCAGAGAUAUUCACCCUCUCCAGGGCCCUAGGCACCAUAGCCAGUGUCUGCAGGGAUACCAGGCUGCCUUUUCCAACCAGAGCAGGGUUCAUUAGCCUGCUGGCACAUGGUGCAGGGAGUCCUGAGGAGAGAAACAGAGGGCCAAAGGUUAAGACAUCAUCCAUCCUGGCCAAGCUGGUGCUCCACCCAGCCUGCCUGCUGUGGAAUCCAUGGUUAGCUCUCUCCCUCUGUGUGUUUGUGAGGCCCACAUGAGAGCUGCUGAGUCUCCAACAGGUCAGCGGGUCCCAGUGCCGUUGCCCUGCAGAGCCAUGCUGAGUUCACGUCUUCUCCAUUGCUAGAUGGCAGUCGUGCAGCCCUGGGGGUCCCCGUUGUCUUUCUAGACCCUCCGUGGAUAGGGGUCACUUUCAGCCAGGCCUUAACGACCCUGCAUUCUAGCCUGGCCUGGUUACGUGACAUGAACCCCUCGUGGCUCCUGCUCCACCCCAGUCACUGUCAGGCAACCCAUUCAUAAAGUCACUGCAGGAAAUCCUCACUCUGUCCCAGCAGGAAGCCGGGCACCAUUGGCUUUCCCCUUGGCCUGGGCAGGCUGGCUGAUGCAGGCAGCUGCCUCCCUCAGGGACACCAGCUGUCUGGCUUGGGUUUCUGCAGCUGGCUGGGAGUUUUCUGCCAAGCCUGGUUUUCAACAGAAAAUUGAAUUUUCCCAGUUGGGAGUGAGGAGGCACCUAAAUACCUUUGGGGAAGUAGAGUCAGGCACGGAUCGCUGCCCCUGCCUUGUGCCUCCUGCAUUCAGGGAAGCUGCCUCAGCUGCUUCUGUCUCGGCACCGGAGCGUAGCAGCUGGAAAAGCCAGGCUGGCCAGCUGACUGCGCCUUUCCAGAGUGCAGCCCCACCGACAGAUGGGAACAGGCCCAUCACGUGCAAGGCAUUACUAGCAGCCAUGUUUGCCAGCUGGGAUAAUCAAGGCACAGAGAGGCAGGGGGUAGGCGCUCUAGCUUUGGGUUGCAUACUGCUGCCCCUCACCGGGGUAUCUGCGCCUUCUUUGAGAACAGAUCAUCAGACGGGCUGAAAAGACCUGGGUUUUUAUUCCUGCCUCUGCCUUGGUAAGUGAGCUUGGGCAAAUCACUUCCCUCCUCUAUGCCUCCAUGUCUUGUCUACUUAGUGUGUAAGCUCUGUGUGGCAGGGGCCAUCUCUAUGUGUGCAUACAGCACUGUGGGGUCUUGGGCCAUGCCUGGAGCAACUAGGCUCUGUAGUAAUACAACAGUGAAUAUUUUUAGCAUGUCAGACACAUACAAUGUCGCAGGGCUUAUUAUAAGAAAUGCCAGCACUGCUCACUUCUUUGUUUUAAUAAUCUAGUGACUCACCCUUUCCAUUGAUUUCAUUUUAAAAAAAAUGUGUCUUAUUUACCAACACAAAAGAUGUUUUUCAAAAAAACUCCACCCCCCACACAUACCUGGGAAAUGCCCAAAACAAAACACUUGGUUUCAAAAACCAGUUAUGAUUCUUGCUAAGUGUCACCAAUCUACUUCCUUCUCUUUUCAUUUGCCAAUAUUUAAAAGCAAUGCAAUUAAUGGUUAAAGCCACACCUCACUCUGAUGCUACCCAUGCACUCAACAUCAUCAGUCUCAGUAAGCAUGAAGUAGUGCAUUUUUCAGCACAAUCUUAAUAUCUAGUGCAUCAGGUAUUAUUAAAUAUAGAUAGGCUUGGCCAGCCUUCGGUUUGUAUUAUUUUAUAAUUUUGAUGGAUAAUUACAAUGUUGAUUUUAAGCAUUUUUUCUAUUUUUAAUUCAUUUAAAUUUUCACAGUUGUAUAA